AUGAUCAAGUUGUUCAUUCUCGCUGUCACUGUUGCUCUUACUACUCUUUGUAGUUCUAGUAUCAUCACUGAAGACAACUGCGUGCUGAUAGACUUUACUGCUGAAGAGGCGGAAUUUGAAGAUUUAAAUGCUGGGAUCAAGACUGCCAAGUUUGAUAAACUACUUGGCUCGAUGCUUGGAAAGUACGACCCCUUCAACCGGAGCAACAUCCCGCUCCGAUUCAAUUUUAACCGUUUUUUGACGAUCUCGACCGCUAUCGACACGAUCAGUAUAUCUGGUGCAACGGGCUUUGUCCCGCAACAUAUCAACGUGACCUCGCCGAAUUCUGUUUCGAUUGAAACUGUCUCGUAUGGUGAGAUUGUUGUCGACGUAAAUUUGAAUGCCAAGGUUGAGGCGAUGGGACUGCCUGCACAAGCUCAGUUGAGGUUUGUGCUGGAACAACCUACGGUUAUCGUCGAAGUAGAAGCGAAUAUGUACGCAUGUGAGCCGGGUGCCCCUGCGUCAGUGUGUACCAACUUGACAGUUGCGGAUCUUCAGAAUCACUUGGAAAAUGCGACCACGAAAGAACCCUUUGCGAACACCAUAAAGAAGGUGUUGAAGAGGAUCAAGGACGCAUCUGUGAAAUCUUUCUCCCUCAGCUACCAGUCGAUGUCGAAUUUCAAGUUAAGCUUCGACAGCUCAAGUUUUGUAUUCCGCACUCUCCUGCAUCUCAUUCCCGACUACGAAGCCGAUGAUUUUAAUACGGAAGGCAUCAUCAAGACGGGCUACUUGAAGAUAAUGAGUCGUCAUGCUCCCAAACUGCUGAACUACUUCAUUAAAGACAUGCUGGAACCCUCGUUCGGUGCGACAUGCCUGACAGAAGAAUAG